ACUUUUUCUUUGUCCUUUGAGAAUACGUAUCUAAUAGCAACCACCAAGUUUUUUUUUUUUCCUUUUGGUUUCCACAUGGAAUCUGCUUUGGGGUGUGUGGGAAUUGCCAUCUUUGGGGAAUACGGAACAUCUGUGGUUGUGAGCACAGGAGAGCGAUAGAGAGCUCUUGAUCUGUUCAGCACAUUUCCUGUGUUUUGAGGAUAAGAAUUUUCUUCUUUUUUUUUUCCUUUCAGUCACUUUUUCUUAAAGCUGGUGCGGGGGGCAGAAACUGAGCGCUGGAACUUUACUUUUCUUUUGUCGCCUUGUUUGUGUUCAGAGGUGCUGGGGGGUGCGUACCCAUUUCUAGUUUCAAAAGGGACACACUGGCAGAACGCAGUUCUAAAUCGUCGCCACUGCUGAGGAAAAGGCCGAGCAGGACUCCAGCUGCAGGCAACAGCAGAGGUCAAGCCUUGAGCUGGUAAUUGGAGGAUAUCAGCCUCUGGAAAAGCCAAAGAGGUUGACAAUGCAAGAAUAGUCUUCUAUGGUGCCUUUAAGGUGAAAUAAGACAAAAACAAAAACUGGAGAUAUUACUUUCUGGUGACCUUCCAAAGCUACGUUACACUUCCUAAACAGAAGACAGUAUCCUCUGGUGGAAGCACAUCAUCUGGCCAUCCUCAGCUCUAUCAUUACGGGAUUUCUAGUGUCUAGUGGAAUCUAGACAUGAAGACAGUUGUCUUCUUAGGGCUGGCAUUCAUUGUGUGGUCUGUCCCUUUGACUGCAAUGGCCCAGGGCCUCAUUCGACGGAAUUCAGGGGUCCAGGUGGGCAGAGGGCAGGCAGUGUAUGUGACAGACAAGGAGCUGCAGUUCAACAUCCCCAAACAUCUGGACACCUGCAAGGUGGAGGUUGUGCUGAAUGAGCCAAUAACCCAGAGAGCUGGGAGGCUGACUCCUCAGGUGUUUGACUGCCAUUUCUUACCCAAUGAAGUGCGGUACAUCCACAAUGGCUCUCCGCUGCUGGAGGAGGACAGCGUCAUGUUACGAGUCUACAGGUUUGCUGAGUCAGAGACCACCAUGGACUCAUUUCUGUUGAAGGUGAGAGUGGUUGAACCCAAUAGCAGUCUCAUCCAGCUUGGAAAGUUUCCUUUGGAAGUACCUGAAUUCUACGGCGUGUCGAACCCCUUGGACAGUCAGGUGGCAACCUUCCGGCACGUUCCGGAUACCAUCUGCACCGUGAGGUUAAUAACGUCUGAGACCAAUGUUCCAGCUCAGGGACAGCUCGUCACUGAGGAUUCAGCCAAGACAAGCAAAGAGGAUGUGGUAUCACCUUCUGGUCCGAGCCAGGCACUCAGGAGAGGUAGACAGACAGGACUGCUCUGCCCUGGCAACAAAGCCUGUCUGCCUGGCAUCAAGGAAGUGCGUUUUCUGAAGGCCAACUGUGAAGACUUCCUGCAAAUGGGAUUGAAGUACCAGCACCUAAAUCCACCAUCUCCAGAAGUUGACUACAUCCCUCUCCGUGUGGAGCUCCGAGACCAAGCCACCAGGGCCCUGCUGGAGACAGAGAGUUUUUGGAUCCCAGUGGUGAUCCGGGGUGCCAUGCAGAACCAGCCUCCCCGAGCGGCCUUCAUGUCCACAUUCAUCCUGGAGGUUGACCAGUUCAUUCUCACUCCCAUGACCACCGCCGCGCUGGAUGCAGAGGAUGACGAAACUCCGCAGUCCAGCCUGGUCUUCAAUGUCACCAAGCCUCCUGCUGAAGGUUACAUCACCCACCUCGAUGAUCACACCAAGCCCGUGACCUCCUUCAGCUGGCCAGACCUGAAUGAGAUGAAGAUCGCCUACCAGCCACCCAACAGCAGUCACACAGACCGGAGGAACUACGAGGUUGAGUUUGAGGCCAUUGAUGGUUUCUUCACAAGGAGCCCUUCAAUCAUGGUUCACUUCUCGCUUCGAGUAGCAGAGACCAAUGCCCCACGAGUCUCCUGGAAUAUGGGGCUGGAUUUGUUAGAGGGUCAGUCGAGGCCAAUUACCUGGGAGAACUUGCAAAUUGUGGACAAUGACAACAUUAAUGCUGUCUAUCUGGUGGCUGUGGAUGGACCUCUACAUGGGCGCCUCAGUGUACGAGGAGGAAAAGGGUUCAUGUUCAAGGUGCAGGACAUCAAGGAUGGUGUGGUGAAGUACCACCAUUCAGACAGCGACACCACCAAAGACUAUAUCGUCUUCCGCAUCUCUGAUGGGCGCCACAGCCUGAGACACAAGUUCCCCAUCAACAUCCUCCCCAAGGAUGACACGCCACCCUUCCUCAUCAACAAUGUGGCCUUCGAGGUGGAGGAGGGCGGCACCGUGCUGGUAGAAGAGUACAUGCUGCUGGCCUCCGACCUCGACUCUAGUGACGACUACAUCCUCUACCAACUCACCAGCUUGCCUAUGGCAGGAGAGGUCAUCAAGAAGCUUUCUCCCCAUCAGCCAGGUGUCCCAGUGAAGAGUUUUCUACAAAGAGACCUAUUUCAGGGGUACAUUUAUUACCGACACCUGGGAGAGGAAGUUUUUGAGGACUCCUUUGAGUUCACUCUCUCCGACAGUCAUCAGCCCCCCAAUCUGUCCCACAAACAUACUGUGGUGAUUCACAUCUCCCCAGUGAAGGACCAGCUGCCUGUAGAAGUCUCCGGAAGUGUACGCGCAAUAACAGUCAAGGAAACCGACAUUGCCUACAUCACCAAGAGCCACCUGCACUUCAGGGACCUUGAGUCUCCGGACACUGACCUCAUGUACUUGGUGACCAAGCCGUGCUUCUCUCCCACCACACCAGGCUUCCAUGAUGCAGGCAGACUGUUCUAUACAGACAGCAUGAACAAAAUGAAGAAGUCUGUUCCGGUGCUGAAAUCUUUCACUCAGCAUGCAGUGAAUCACCUGAAGGUGGGCUACAUGCCUCCUCUGAGGGACAUUGGCACUGAACCUGUCUUCGUGCAGUUUGUCUUCUCUGUGAGUGAUGAGCAGGGGGGCUCUCUGACAGGGCUCGUCUUCAACAUCACAGUCACACCUGUGGACAACCAGGCACCUGAGCUAUUCACCAAUCGGAUGAAGGUGGAGGAGGGUGCAGGCAGUUUCAUCACCGAGGACAGCCUGCUGGUGACGGACGUGGACUCUCGGGACAGUGAGCUAAGGGUGCAGCUGAGAGCAGGGCCCUGGCACGGGCGGGUCGAUCUGCAGGGGCGGCCCUUGCUGGAGGGGGAUUUCUUCACUCUGCAGGACCUGCGAAGCCUCCGACUCCAGUACCUUCAUGAUGACUCUGAAACACUUGAAGAUAGGAUAGGUUUCACUGUGACUGAUGGCUUUAACUCUGCCAAUGGGACUCUGGCAGUGCAGAUCCUCCCGGUGAACGAUGAGCCACCUGCACUGCAAGCUGGACUGAUGUCAGAGCUGGAAUGUGCAGAAGGGGGCCGGGUGGUGAUCACAGCAGAGUACCUGUAUGCCACAGAUGCUGACAGUGAUGAUAGCAGGCUCACCUACAUGCUGGGUCGCACACCUACCCAUGGAGUGGUGAAAAAGGGAGAAGUCACAGUGGACAAGUUCUCACAGUUAGAUGUCCUGCAAGGCUUGAUUUCCUAUGUGCACACAGGUGGGGAGAUCGGACCCAACUCGCGUUCAGACAUCAUCACCUUGAUUGUGUCCGAUGGAGAGGCAGGGACACUGGACAGCUGCUGUCAGGAAGAUGCCCGUCCUCCCCCAGUACCUUUGCAUGGCUCACUUCCUGUCUAUGAUCUCAACAUCACUGUCCUCCCCGUUAACAACCAGCCCCCUGCAAUUGCUGUGGGGGGCAUGUUUGUUGUGGAAGAGGGAUCUUCGGCCUGCCUUUCUCCAGAGGUCCUGAACGCCUCCGACCUGGACACUCCGUCCGAUGAUCUGAUUUUUCACCUGGAGGCUCCCCCUCGACAUGGCUUCCUGGAGAACACUCUGCCCUCGCCAGGACAUGAGAAGAGUAACGCAGGCCUCCGUGUGGUCUCUUUCAGCUUGUGGCACCUGACGUCUGGCUACAUCAACUACAUUCAGGCCCAGCAUCAGGGUGUCGAACCCAACUCCGACCACUUCAUGGUGACUGUUAGUGACGGGGUACACAGGUCCACAUCCGUCCCUUUCUACAUCAUCAUUAACCCCACCAACGACGAGGUCCCUAGCCUUCUUCUCAGGAACCUCACAGUGACAGAGGGAGGGAUGAGUGAGCUGAGUCCGGCAGUCUUGGAUGCUGUGGAUUUAGAUUCUCCCCCUGAUACCCUGACCUUCUCCGUCCUCGUCCGUCCAGCCUACGGGACAAUCCUGAAUGGCAUUUACGGGCUCCAGAUGAGCCGCUAUAAACAGAUGGGCUCUGGCAUGCUAGACCAGGAUCUACUGAUUCACUCUUUCACCUUACAGCAGCUCCGCCAAGGAAUGAAGAUCGUCUACAUGCACGAUGACACAGAAACCCUCAAGGACAGCUUCGCCGUUCAGCUGACAGAUGGCAAACACACAGUCCAAGGGACAGUGCAUGUCCACAUCAUACCAGUCAACGAUGAAAAGCCCAGGCUGUUGAAGAAUACAGGUCUUGAGGUGAACGCAGCAGAGAACAAGGUGAUUUCCAGCAUGGUUCUGGAAGCCGAAGACAAGGACACCCCCAGCGACAGGCUCUACUAUGUCUUGAAUUCCUGCCCCAAGUUUGGUCAGCUGCAACUUAAGAUAGCAGGGGGUUGGGCUUUACUGCAGCCUGGCAUGAAUUUCACUCAGGAAGAUGUGGAGAUGAACCGCUUGUGGUACCUGCACACAACUAUCCUGGGGGCCAAAGGUCAUGACAGCUUCCGCUUCUACCUGACUGACCUGGACAAUGAAAGCCCUGCCCACAGUGUCUUCAUCUCCCUGCGGGACAUUGACAAAGGUGACAUUGUUCUCCUCACCAAACCUGUAACUCUAACUGAGGGUGACAGGGUGACCUUGACGACAGAUGUUCUCCUAGCAACAGAUGGCACCGGCAAAGUGGAGGAGCUGCUGUAUGCCGUAUCUGUGCCACCUGUGCGUGGUCACAUAGAGUCCAUCAAUUAUCCCGGCCUGCCCAUUGCCACGUUCAGCCAGUUGGACAUAGCAGCUCAGAAAGUAUGCUACGUGCACGACAACAGCCAUGAGGAUGGACAGGAUUCCUUCAGCUUUGUGAUUAGCAAUGGAAGGACCUCUAAGAAUGGCUCCCUGGCCUUCAUCAUCGAACACAAGGAUCGCAUUCCUCCAACGUUGCUUCUCAAAGGAGGCCUCCGGGUGCUGGAGGGUGCUACGGUGACCAUCUCGCAGGACAUUCUGGAGCUCCGUGACCCAGACACUGCGGUACAAAAUCUCACCUUUUCCAUGGCCCAGCUUCCCCAGCAUGGCAGGCUUCUUCUGAAGGGAGAGCCCCUUUCCCAGGCUUCUUUCACACAGGCUGACAUCAACCACCUGGAUGUGACCUACCAGCACAGUGGGGGACCAGCAGUGAUUGACAAGAUCUUGCUCACGGCUUCUGAUGGGACCAAUGAUGGUUUUCUCCUUUAUGGGCAGCUGAGAAAAGAGCCCAUUGCCUUCACUAUACAGGUGGAUCUCAUUGACAAGGCGGCGCCCAGAGUGGUCUCCAAGGAGACCCCCAGCACAGUGGAGAAUCUCAAGGACGGUCGUCAUGGAAUCUCUAUCUCCUCCCGCCACCUGAAGGCCUCAGACCCCGACAGCGAGGACCAGGAGCUGGAGUUCACAAUCCUUCGCCCACCUUUCUUUGGAUACCUGGAGAACACGCUCACAGGUGGUUAUGUCCAAGGACGCUUCACCCAGAAGGAUCUGAACCAGCGUGCCAUUCGCUACAUCAUCAACCCAGCCAUCGAAGUCACCAGAGACAGCUUCGAGUUCAAAGUCAGUGAUCCAGCCGGAAAUUCCAUAUUACCUGAAGUCAUGUCUUUCCAGUGGUCUCGGGUUGAGCUGGCCGCCACGUGUUUCCGUGUUUGUGAGAACGUGGGCACCUUGUCUGUCCAGGUUGUCCGCACUGGCACCAGUGGAGAGCCUUCAUAUGUUGGCAUUCAGGCAGAGGAAGGUACAGCCAAAAUGGGCCGGGACUUCACUCACAGCUCAGCCUCUCUGAUCCAGUUUGACCCAGGAGUCAACACAAAAUCCUGGAACAUCUUCUUGCGGGACGACGGGCUGGAGGAGAGUCAUGAGAAGUUUCAGAUCCUCUUGAGGGCACCAGAGAACGCAGUCUUGGGUCAAAGGAACAGGGCCACUGUGGAGAUAAUGGAUCCCAGAGGAGGGAGCUGUGACCCUGAGGAGCUCCACCCGGAGGAGGAGGAGGAGGAAAGAGAGAUUAAAGGCCCUCCUGUGCUCUUUCUGCCUGGGGAGGACGACGAAUCCGUUUCCGGAAGAGAGAAGAGACCCACACUGGAGGGAGAGGUCCCUUGGAAGCAUGUCCCACCCCGUGGCGACGUCCCCGACACUCAUCGCUUUGCGGACUACAGCGAGGGCGAGAUUCUGGGCCAGCUCUCCACGCAGAGAGAGCAUCUGCGCAUCACUGGGAGCAGCGGCAGCACAAGGAUUUAUCCCCCAGAAAUGAAGAUGAAAAACAGAGAGACAAUUUGGACGUUUCAUGGCAUCAUUCCCCUUAGAAUGGAGGAGACCAUGGGUCCAGUCCCAGAGGUGCCUCCCACCCAUUCUGAGCUGCAGGCAAGCCCUAUCUGGGCCUGGCCUCCCCCCCUCCUCCCCGCAGAGAGUGGAGGAAAGGAGGUUCUUCAGGGAGACUCUCCUCCACACCCUCUCAAAGGCCGAGCCAGGAAGGCAGAGGUAAGGGCUCAAAAGAGGUAG